AUUUGCCAUCAUUUUCAAUACAGGAUGGGGGAUGAUGUGAUGGAGAGCAGCCCUGCAGGGAAGGGCUUGCGGGUGCUGGUGGACACGAGCCGGCAAUGUGCGCUCGCAGCCCAGAAGGCCAACAGUGUCCUGGGCUGCAUCAAAAGCAGCGUGGCCAGCAGGGAGAGAGAGGGGAUUCCGGCCCUCUACUCCUCCCCUGUGAGACCUCAUCUGGGGUAUUGUGUCCAGUUCUGGAAUCCUCACCGGCUGGAAGAAACUUUGUUGAUUACUUCGAAAUGUAAGAGCCAGAAGGCCACAACUUUACAGACGGUUAGGAUGCCAAGGAGUAACAUUUUGGACCAAGUACAGAACUUUUUACCACAGAUGGCUCAUGCAAAUGAUGACCUAAGGAGAAAAAUGGUAACAGCACCAGCUCAUCAGUUUGAUAUUGAACAUCUAGACAGUGCAACAGAGAAAGUUAUAGAAAUGAAUGUCGCAAUAGUUGAACUGAGUGACUCUGAUACAGAUGAAGAGAUACUAACUUCAGAAGAUGACUCGGAAUCUGAAGAUGACUGUACAACCGAUGAAGUGACAAUAGACAACAUUAAGUUUCCUAAGCAAAAGGAAGAAAAGGCCAAAAUAGAAAUUUUGGACAGCAAAGUGAAUGAAUAAAUCCAUUUUUAUUUUACUUUCUAAACCCAAAACAAAUCGUGUUUUAUUACUUUGAAGACUUGGCCUUUAAAACUACCUUGUUGCCCAAUAUAGCAUCCCUUAGGAUCACAUGAAAUAUUAUGUUUUACAUGGUGAAAAAGUGAGGAUCCACUCAUGACUGAAGCAAGCUGGAUUUCUGAAGAAUUAAGUAUGGUUUUAUUCAUCAGGCAAUAUGGAAAUCAACUUCAUCAUAUGUUAGACUAAGAAAGCAGCUUGAAUUUGGGGCGCUUGGACUAGUUAAGUUGAAAUUCUUGUUAUCUUGCUUAGUUGAAGAAGGAUUUUUGGUAUUGUGCUGGAAGUUUUUGCUUCAAGAGGAGGAAAGUUUUAACUAGGAAAAAACCUCUUUUUUAGAUAUUUCAUGUCCUGUGAAGUUUUAUGUAUGAUGCUUUUGAUAUUAAACAUUACCUUAAGUGCGUUA